AUGACUGAUUUGGUUGUGCCUGUGGUUGCUGAAUUUGCUAUUGUUGAGCGUUCCAAGGCUGUGGUUGCUGAAUUUGCUAUUGUUGAGCGUUCCAAGGUUGAGUCUAUCACUUCAUGUUAUCAACCCAUCUCUUCUUUCCUUAUUAACACCAAAACCCUAAACCUAAUUCAUUCCUCUAAUCUUCUAAACCAAAUCAGCCGCCCCACCCCCUCUCUCUCUCGUCUCUCUCUAAAAAAUCGACCAUCGCCAAAGCCAAAACCGGCGCCUCCUCCGGCAACGCAGCAACCAACCUCCGCUGGUCAAGCUACCGCGAUCCCUCCGUUCUUCGACCAAGCCCCGCGCCACCAGAAGCCCUCAAACCACGCCUCCGACGACCUCUUCCAUUUCCUUCAAACCACCAGCCAACUUUGCCUCUCCGGCGAAGCUCCAAACGUCGCUGUUCCGCCUCCACAACAACAACAGCAACGAUGCUCUGCCGCCCCUCUCCUUUGCCAUCGCCAGACAUCAGUUUGCCUCCGUCCCAAUUCACCACCCACAACAACAAAAACAACAGCGGCAUUGCCGCCCUUUGCCGCCGCUGCUCCGGUCGAGUACACGAAACAUGACGGAUUCUUAAAUCCGUCAAAGGUACUUUGGUCGAGUUGUGCUAGAAUGUUGCUGUCUUCAUGGAUAUAUCGCCUUGAUUUACUUUUUAUUUCUCUUUUAUUACGAUUCAAAUUUGUACUAAUGUGUUGUGUAAACAUCUAUAUAGUAAUAAAUUAUGAAGACUGCUUGGGAGCGGGGGUUUAUGUGUUUUACGUACCAUGUGAAUCACUUAGGCAAAUAAAUUUAGGAUUUAUUACUUGACUUGUUUGUCAUUUAGACAAAUCUAAUUUAGGAUUUAUUUCAAUCGCCUAGAAAUCAUGUUUUUAGGAGUUUAAUUAAUAUCCGCCUUGCUAAAUCACAUUUGAACACGAUAACUUAAUUUACAACAUGUUUAUUGACUCUUGCAUGUUUAACAAUUGUGGACAUAUUACAAAAUGACAUUAUUAGCGUUUAAAUCACUCUUUCAACAAUUAUACUCUUAGCAUUCAAAAUAACAUUUUUUGGCAUUUUAAAUAAUAUUUUCAACACAUUAAAUAAUGUUUUCUGCAUAUUAAAAUUAAUUUUCAGCACAUUAGUUAAUUUGCAGUAUUAUAAAAUAAUAUUUUUGGCACUAUAAUUAAUUUUCAGCAUUCCUAUUUGUCUUUCCGUAUAUUUCAUUAAUUUUUACUUAGUAAAACAAUUUUCAGCAUCUACGUAUUAAAAAAAAUAGCUUUUUAUUUCUCUGUCAAAGUCAUGGUGCGGUUUUUGACUUUCACAAUUUUAAACUAGACAUGACAUUUUACUCUUUGUACUAUCUCCUAACCUAUAGUUAGCGGGAAAUUAAAAAGAAUCACGAGGUCUAAUUUUUAUAUUUUAAAUUAAUUUGAUACAGUUUCGGGAGCAUCACGUACCAAAAGUUUAAAAAAGCGGAGACUAUGCAUACAUACAUAAAUAUUUUUUUAUUUGUCUUUAAAAAUUAUAAUGUUAUUAUUUUCACUAAAACUGACCUCCAAUUAAAAUUGUUGCUAAGUUGAAUGAGCGCGAUUUGAUAUUGUGGAAUCGUUUCUGUAAAGCAACAAACAGUUUUUUAAGAAACAAAAACUAUCUUCUUUUUUUUUUUUUAAGUUUUGAAUAUUAUUCCUCUAUCAAAAUAAGUUAGCUACUGUGCAUUUUUCUU